AUGGCGGACCGGGCUACGGCUUCAACGUGGUCGGUAUGCCUUACGACAUCCUACGCAAAGGCAGCAGGCCUCGCCAAGACGCCGCUGUCGCCGGACGUCCGGGACCCCGCGACGGGCUUGGUGUUGCCGAGAACAAAGCAGUUCGCGUCCUCGAAAACGGGACUCGUCUGCCUCGGGGUGGGCGUGAGGGUCAAAUCGGUCGCCUUCGUUAAUGUCAACGUCUACACGGUGGGGCUGUACGUCGAGCCGAAGGGUGCGCGAAAAGCGCUCAAGAGUUACGCCGGCAGGGACCCCGAAGAGCUGAGCAAGGACAAGUCGGUCUACCGCGUGCUGGGUGGGGCGGGCGAUUUCUCCAAGUACCUGCACCUCGUGUUCGCGCGGAGCGUCGGAGCGCAGAAAGUUGUUGACGCGUUCACCGCCGUCAAGGGCGUGAACCAGGACGUUCUCGACAAGUUUUCAAGCCUGACCAUGGAGGGGGUCGGGAAGUCUAUCAACAGGGAGGAGUCGGUCACGCUGGGGUGGGAGGGCAAGGACAGGCUGGUGGUCUUGGUCCGCGACAAGGAGAUCGGCAGCGUCAUCGACGAGUCCCUCCCUGCGUCGGUGUUCAACCUUUUCUUGGGGUCCGACCCGGUCUCGCCGGUGGCGAAGACCGCAUUCGCGGAAGGCGUGCCCGCGUUCCUGGCAAGCUAAUUUUGUUUCGAGGGGGAAGGGGGGGGGGGGGUUGUCCCCGCCUGCGGGGACCCUGACUUUUGUCUCUGGAGGGCGUUAGUGUUAGUCCCAACAGGAUAGAUGCAACAUCGAAAAGCAAUCACGAUGCGUGAAAAGCUUGAGAUUGACGGCAGUGUUUGUUUUUGGUGCACUCUUGUUUUUGUUUUUGCUGCGAGUUCCACCAACCGGGGGAAGGCGCUGUUUGGGUUAUCAAAAUUUGCGCUCUAACAAGCGCGUGUCAGGCCGUUGACCUCCUGGUAAAAGGAUCCCCUGGCGUGUUUUCGAGGAGCCUUGUCUCUCUCGACCACCUUGCGCCACCUGAUGAUUUCUUGAUGGGAAGGUUUAGGUUCCGAGACUCUUGUUUCGAUUGGGUUUGGGGGAGUGGAAGCGCAUGCCGUAUACCUUUCUGGGUCGUAACGUUAGCGCCGAACUCUAUCCU